AUGUUUUCAAAGCGGUUUUUCGUUUUACUAGUCCUGUGCGUAAUCGACAAAUCACUUUCUAAAUUGUUUGCAUCCGAGGAAAUUGUACCUGUCAGGAUAAAUGAAAGAAGCAGCAGUCGUUUUUGGAAACGAAGUGAAGAACAGCCGAGGUUUAGACUCAGUGCCUUUGGCCGAGAUUUCACUUUGAAUUUAAGCCCAGAUAACAGUUUCUUAUCUACUACACUGACAAUUCAACGCAUCAAAGCAAAAGAUCUCUACACUUUACGCAGCGCCUCAGGUGCCCAUGGCAGACACACUUCAUCUGAUGCUGAAACUGAAACGGACUUUCACAACUUGAUAAACAAGACACAGGAGAUGGAAAGAGAUUUGAGAAGCUGUUUUUACUCUGGGACUGUGGACUCCAACCAAUAUUCUGUUGUUGCGGUCAGUCUCUGUUAUGGCAUCCUUGGAUCGUUUGUUACAGACGGGGUUGAGUAUUUAAUUGAGCCCAAAGUGCUCGGCUCAGGGAGAAGGGAGAGGUCCACUGAACAGUUACAUUUGAUCAAAAGAAGAACACCCACAGAAGCACCACAUGACACUCAAACUGUCUUUGAUCAACUGAGUGAGGAGAGUCGUGAAAAAGCUGACAAGGAAAGUUUUAAGCAUGAGGGAAAAGAUCCUGAGAGACAAUUACGAGGGAAACGCUUUGUAUCAGCACCACGAUUUAUUGAGACGCUGGUGGUUGCAGACGCGUCCAUGACACAUUUCUAUGGAGACGAGAUAAAGGUAGGAUAUAUUCGAUUAUUCGAUUAAUAUAGCCCAUGCUGAUUCAAUUAUUUGAUUGCAUGUAACAAAAAUGAAAGUGCCAUACUUUCACCAAAUUCUGCAUUGAUAAUUUACAACACUAGAAUUGGAAAGACACACUUUCCACAGAAUUGGAAAGACACAAUUGGAAGUUGUUUCCACAUAAUUUCAACCAAAAACAAUCAAUGUGAUGAAGUUGAAUCAACGUGUAAAACUGAUUGGAUUUGCAAAAAGUUAUCAAUGUAAGGGCAUUUCCUAUUUUUAUUCACCCAACCUUUAACAUAAAACCAAUGACAUGGUGACAUUUGUGGUUGAUUUCACGUUGAAUUCACUGUUAGUUACAACUCAACCAAAUGUAAAUCAAAACUAGAUGUUGAACUGACAUUGUGCCCAGUGGGAAGUUUUCUUAACAGGCUAGUUCAAGAUUGAAAUUUAAUCCAACUCCCAAUGUGGAAACACCCACAGUCAAAAUGUUUUAAAGAAAAACUCAUUUGUGUUUAAAUUGAAAAUAAUUAUAGCCUAUAUUUUGGGUGCAGAAACAAUGGUUUUGCUCUGCUCUGUCAUGAAAAACUAGGCUCUCCACACUUGCUGUUUAGCUGAUAUGCAUGGAGUAAACUAAGUUGGAGUAAUGAGGUCAUUUAAAAAAUAAGAGUGCAUAGAGAGUAAUGAUGGGAUUGGGAAACCUCUGAUAAGGUCAGGCAGGAGAAUUAUGCUUUGGCAGUAAUUUCGUUCCGCAUUCCUUAUGACUUAGCUACUAAAUCAUCACCAUUAAACAAUGUUGGGGUCAUGCAAGUGAUAAAGAGCAUGUGAGCAUUAUACGUUUUUAAAGAUACUUCCUAUUUAAAAAAAUAUAAAAUAAUUGUAAUUCCAGUCUGGCAGUUAUUUCACUCACUUAGUUUUUUCCCUCCAGUUUUAGCCUAAAUCAUCAUCACCAGUGUUGCCUUGUAAGCCUCCCUAAUAUCUAACUGCCUGUGUCCUCCCUUGCUCCAGCACUAUAUCCUUACCUUGGUCUCUGUGGCUGCCCAGCUUUACAAACAUCCCAGUAUCAAGAACUCUGUCCACAUGGUGGUGGUGAAGAUGGUGGUGGUGGAAGACGAGGAGGUUGGACCGUCACUCUCCAAUAACGGGGGAGUCGCUCUGCGGAAUUUCUGUGCCUGGCAACAACAGUUCAACCCGGCCAGCCAGAGGCAUCCUGAGCACUACGACACUGCUCUACUUUUCACCCGAGAGGUGAGCACUGCCUGCCCCAUAUGUAUACUGUUACACAUUACAUCAAUGUCACAGGAUAUCCCUAACCCCUUAUUCCAUAACCAUAUUACCAAAUGGUUUGGAGAGUUAAUGAAAUAAUGUAAGCAAACAGUGAUAUAUUUGAUUAUGUAUCCUCUAAUGAAAUACAAUUGGCUGUCUUAUGUCCAUGAAUCAGAUCAGAUGAGCUUUGAAACCUAUAGGGCUGAAGGCUCUCCUAUGAGCUAUUUUUAGAAUGGUUACAAAUCAGCCUUGAGUGACAAGACAUCCCUUAAAAUGGCCAAGGUAUGUGUGUAAUGUUGCUGCCCUGAAUUUGAUCUGCUAAAGAAUGUGUGCCACAUGCCUCGCCAUAAGAGAAACCAAAAACUUGAGACUUAAAUUGGAAGUAGUUUGCACAUGCUGUCUCCCAUGAGUGAUGCUUCUGCAAAACAAGGUGUAGACGUGCUGAGUUGAAUUCAGCAUGCCGCUCUAUGUCCAGAUGUCCUUUGAAUCAUGUACGGUUAUGUCUUGUGUUUUGGGUCAUAGGCCCCAGGAAACAUUUAUCUCAGUCACAGAGAGCCAGCCUGACAUGUGAAGGGAAAAUGUUGAGGCAUGUCGUUGAAAUAUAUCUCUGAUACCACACCAUUAAUUUCCCCACAUCAUAGAUCUGCUUCUGUCUGCCAGGAAUAUUUAUUUGCUUCAUUUAAUGAUGGAAACAUUGACAAACAAGUUUUUUUGGCAUGUGCUCUCAAGUGAAAAGAGAAAAAAACAACCAGGGACAAAUAGAAACGCUGUCUAAAGAUUCAUUGUUUGAAACCACUGCUGUCUGUCUUCCAGGAUAUCUGUGGACAUCAGAGUUGUGACACCCUAGGGGUUGCUGAUGUGGGAACCAUGUGCGAUCCAAAAAGGAGUUGCUCUGUCAUUGAGGAUAAUGGACUUCAAGCAGCUUUCACUGCUGCCCAUGAACUUGGUAUGACUUGUGCAUUAAAAAAUUUAAACUUUCUCAAACUUCUAUAUUGACCAUAUAUAAAGAUACUAUAGGUCUACAUACAUUUUGCCUCUUGUCAAAAAGGGUCCGCUAAAUGCACAGAAAUAUUGUCCACAAAUAACUUCAUUUGGACAGAAAGAGGCAUACACAUGAGCCAAAAGCUUAUGGAAAAGGUUGUUAGCCUACAACUAAUAAUUGUGUGGUUUAAUGAGAUAAGAACUUGAUAUGAACCAUACAGUCCACCCCCAAGCCUAAUGUAGAUAUAAACUAUUAGCAACUUUACUUCCAUAGCGUACCUUAAAUAGUGGUCCUCUGUAGCUCAGCUGGUAGAGCACGGCGCUUGUAACGCCAAGGUAGUGGGUUCGAUCCCCGGGACCACCCAUACACAAAAAUGUAUGCACGCAUGACUGUAAGUCGCUUUGGAUAAAAGCGUCUGCUAAAUGCCAUAUUAUUAUUAUUAUUAAUUUAAUUUGAAUGGGUGUUCAGGGUCCCUCUUUCAUCCCAUGAUCGGUACUGAAUACUGAUACAGUAUUGUUCUCCUUUAGGCCAUGUGCUGAGUAUGCCACACGACGACUCCAAGAAUUGCGAGAGGAUGUUUGGGAAUCUGGGCGGCCAUCACCUGAUGGCCCCUCUGUUCGUUCACCUCAACAAGACUUUCCCCUGGUCACCUUGCAGCGCUCUCUACAUCACAGAGUUCUUUGACAACGGACACGGUAUGUCAUGCUGAUAAACAACACUGACAACUCUGAUGUAGAAAACUUAUUUGGUAAGACUUUCUAUGAGGAAAGUGUUGGAAAGUGUUUAUUUUUAUUAAACGUUUUUAAUUGACUUGAUAUUACAAGAAAACAUUUUUACAUCUAUUGUACUUGUUUUAUUCUACUGCAUGUAUAUCACAACAUCUGAAUACUGUGUGUUGAGGUCAGAAGGCUGGACGUGAAUGAAAUCAGAUAAUUAAAUUUUAAAAACUCAGCAGUUGCUGGUAGCGCCAUUUUUACUAGAGCCUUCUAGGUCUGUUUUUACUAGAGCCUUCUAGUUUAAACCACUCUGUUAUGAGGGCCCAGUUUUCACUUCUGUAUUUUAUUUUACAAUAUCUACCCACUUAAACAAAUUAUGGCCUCUGACAACGACAAUAAAUACUCUUACAGGAGAAGUUACUUAUUGUAAGCCAUUAUGAAGGCUCAUAAUGCUUAUAACAAGAUAUAAAGCAUUAUACCUGCAGGCUUCAAUCAAUCAAUCAAUCAAUCAAAUGUUAUUUAUAAAGCCCUUUUUACAUCAGCAGAUGUCACAAAGUGCUAUACAGAAACCCAGCCUAAAACCCCAAACAGCAAGCAAUGCAGAUGUAGAAGCACGGUGGCUAGGAAAAACUCCCUAGAAAGGCAGAAACCUAGGAAGAAACCUAGAGAAGAACCAGGCUCUGAGGGGUGGCCAGUCCCUUUCUGGCUGAGCCGGGUGGGGAUUAUAACAGUACAUGGCCAUUAAGGCCAGAUUUUUCCCCAAGAUGUUCAAACGUUCAUAGAUGACCAGCAGGGUCAAAUAAUAAUCACAGUGGUUGUAGAGGUUGCAACAGGUCAGUAUAUCAGGAGUAAAUGUCACUUGGCUUUUCAUAGCCGGGCAUUUAGAGGUUGAAAUAGCAGGUGCGGUAGAGAGAGACAGUUAAAAACAGCAGGUCUGGGACAAGGUAGCACGUCCGGUGAACAGGAAAGGGUUCACAAGUGUUCACAAUGUUAACUCCACCUGUAGUUUCUCACCUCUGCUUUGCUUAUGUGCAAAGAUUAUCUGCAGUUGCACUACAAAAUCUCAAAAUGGAGAUGCAUUGGAGACAUGCAGAAUGCAGAGAUGCAGAAUCCAAGAUGGCGUAGCAGUGCGGUCGUGUACUCUGUGUGUGUCCGUGUAAAUAGCCUGUUCUUUGUAUAUUUUUGUAUUUUUCGUACAUAUUUCCCUAUCACACUUUUCAUCCUUCUACUAAAUAUACUUUCCUGCAACCCGCCUCACUCAAUGUGGAACGGAUUCUAUUAUUGACUUACCUUUUAUCUAGAAUCUCCAGUUGAACCUAGCUAGCCAGCUAACUAGCUACUUGCUAUUAACCACCGUUAGCGGUUUUCACCUAGAACAUCGGAUUUUCUGCCGGAAUAACUGAAUCACUGGACAUUAACACCGGAUCGCAACUAGCUAGCCGCAACCGAAUGGAUGUUGCUCUUGGCUAAUCACCACUGCCCCCGAAGCAAGCACCAGUUAGCCUUGAGCUAGCCUCGAGCCAGGCCCAUAUCCCGGCUUUCUACCUCUCUGUCUACCGGACGGGAGUAGCCAGCUAACUAGCUACUUGCUAUUAGCCACCGUUAGCGGUUUUUCACCAUUGUCCGUGGCCUGCACUACCUAGCCUGGACUAUUAUCGGCCAGUCUGCACUGUCUGCACAGCGCGUUAUCGACCCAGAACAUAUCGGUUUUUCUGCCGGAAUCACUGAAUCACUGGACCUUUAACACCGGAUCAUCGCAACUAGCUAGCUGCAACCAAAUGGAUGUUGUUGUUGGCUAAUCAGCCUUGAGCUAGCCUCGAGUCAGGCCCAUCUCCCGGCUAUCUACCUCUCUGUCAACCGGACGGGACCUCCUAGAGUCGACAUGGAGCCCCGCCGAUCCAUCACGACUGGUCUGCCGACGUAAUCGUCUGUGGUUUCAACAGGCUUCCCGUUGCGACGACCAUGAAGAUCCAUCUGCUAGCCCCGGCCCGCUAGCACAAGCAAACAACAGCCGUGCUUCCUGCUAGCUUGUGCUGUAGCACCAAUUCGAACUGCUCUCGGACUCACAUAUUGCUGUUCACUGGACCUUAUGAUCACUCAGCUGCACAGCUGAUGCCUGCUGGACUGUUCCUUUACACGGUACCCUGUCCUGUUUAUCUGUUUAGCCUCAGCCCAAACUUUCAUCGCCAUUACCAGUUGUUGUCUUAGCUCUCUCGAAUAACACCUGUGAUUGCUUUAUGCCUCUCUCCCAUAUCAAUAUGCCUUGCCUAUUGCUGUUCCAGUUAGUUCUUAUUAUACACUUUCACUGUAGAGCCCCAAGUCCCUCUCAAACUGCCUCAAAUAGCUCCUUUGUUCCACCCCCCAUACACGCGGAGACCGGCUCAAUCGGUGCCUCCAGUGAUGCUAUCUCUUUCAUUGUUACCCAACGCUUAGGUUUACCUCCACUGUACUCCUAUCCUUCCAUAUCCUUGUCUGUACAUAAUGCCCUGAAUCUAUUCUACAACGCCAGGAAAUCUGCCCCCUUUAUUCUCUGUACCCAACGCACUAGAAGACCAGUUCUUAAAGCCUUUAGCCGUAUCCUUAUUCUAGUCUUCCUCUGUUCCUCUGGUGAUGUAGAGGUUAACCCUGCAGUCCCCAGUAUCACUCCUACUCCCCAGGAGCUAUCAUGCUGCCAAACAUGCCCUCGUAAAACUGACUAUCCUACCGAUCCUUGACUUCGGCGAUGUCAUUUACAAAAUAGCCUCCAACACUCUACUCAGCAAAUUGGAUGUAGUCUAUCACAGUGCCAUCCGUUUUGUCUCCAAAGCCCCAUAUACUACCCACCACUGUGACCUGUACGCUCUUGUUGGCUGGUCCUCACUACAUAUUCGUCGCCAAACCCACUGGCUCCAGGCCAUCUAUAAAUCACUGCUAGGCAAAUCCCCGCCUUAUCUUAGCUCAUUGGUCACCAUAGCAACACCCACCCGUAGUAUGCGCUCCAGCAGGUAUAUCUCACUGGUCAUCCCCAAAGCCAACACCUCCUUUGGCCGCCAUUCCUUCCAGUUAUCUGCUGCCAAUGACUGGAACAAAUUGCAAAAAUCUCUGAAGCUGGAGACACUUAUCUCCCUCACUAACUUUAAGCAUCAGUUGUCAGAGCACCUUACCAAUCACUGCACCUGUACACAGCCCAUCUGAAAUUAGCCCGCCCAACUACCUCAUCCCUAUAUUGUUAUUUAUUUUGCUCAUUUGUACCCCAGUAUCUCUAUUUGCACAUCAUCUCUUGCACAUCUAUCAUUCCAGUGUUAAUACUAAUUGUAAUUAUUUUGCACUAUAGCCUAUUUAUUGCCUUACCUCCAUAACUUGCUACAUUUGCACACACUGUAUAUAUACUUAUUUCUGUUGUAUUUUUGACUUUGUUUUGUUUUACCCCAUAUGUAACUCUGUGUUGUUGUUUUUAUCGCACUGCUUUGCUUUAUCUUGGCCAGGUCGCAGUUGUAAAUGAGAACUUGUUCUCAACUGGCUUACCUGGUUAAAUAAAGGUGAAAUAAAUAAAAUAAAUAAAAAAUGUGUUGACUUCUGUAACCGAAAAAGCAUUGGUUAUUUGCAUGAUAACAUCAGAAGCCUCCUCCCUAAGUUUGAGUUAUUCACUGCGUUAGCACACUCUGCCAACCCUGAUGUUCUAGCAGUGUCUGAAUCCUGGCUUAGGAAGGCCACCAACAAUUCAGAAAUGUCCAUCCCCAACUACAAAACUUUCCGUCUAGAUAGAACUGCCAAAGGGGGUGGAGUUGCAAUCUACUGUAGAGAUAGCCUGCAGAGCUCUAUCAUACUAUCCAGGUCUGUGCCAAAACAGUUUUAGCUCCUACUUCUAAAAAUCCACCUUUCCAGAAAUAAGUCUCUCACUGUGCCGCUUGCUACAGACCCCCCUCAGCCCCCAGUUGUGCCCUGGACACCAUAUGUGAAUUGAUUGCCCCCCAUCUAUUCUCAGAGUUCGUACUGCUUGGUGACCUAAACUGGGAUAUGCUUAACACCCCAGCCAUCCUACAAUCCAAACUAGAUGCCCUCAAUCUCACACAAAUUAUCAAGGAACCUACCAGGUACAACCCUAAAUCCAUAAACAUGGGCACCCUUAUAGAUAUCAUCCUGACUAACUUACCCUCUAAAUACACCUCCGCUGUCUUCAACCAGGAUCUCAGUCCGUAACGUGUCCGCGGUCAAACGACCAUCCCUCAUCACUGUCAAACGCUCCCUAAAACACUUUAGCGAGCAGGCCUUCCUAAUUGACCUGGCCCAGGUAUCCUGGAUGGGUAUCGAUCUCAUUCCGUCAGUAGAGGAUGCCUGGUUGUUCUUUAAAAGUGCUUUCCUUUCAAUUUAAAAUAAGCAUGCCCCAUUCAAAAAAUUCAGAACAAAAACAGAUAUAGCCCCUGGUUCUCCUCAGACUUGACUGCCCUUGACCAGCACAGAAACAUCCUGUGGCGUACUGCAUUAGCAUCGAAUAGCCCCCGCGAUAUGCAACUUUUCAGGGAAGUUAGGAACCAAUAUACACAAGCAGUUAGGAAAGCAAAAGGCUAGCUUUUUCAAACAGAAAUGUGCAUCCUGUAGCACUCACUCCAAAAUGUUUUGGGACACUGUAAAGUCCAUGGAGAAUAAGAGCACCUCCUCCCAGCUGCCCACUGCACUGAGGCUAGGAAACACUAUCACCACCGAUAAAUCUACAAUAAUCGAACAUUUCAACAAGCAUUUUGCUAUGGCUGGCCAUGCUUUCCACCUGGCUACCACUACCCCAGCCACCAGCUCUGCACCCUCCGCUGCAACUUGCCCUUGGUUUCUCAAAUGACUGCCUCGCCUGGUUCACCAACUACUUCUCAGAUAGAGUUCAAUGUGUCAAAUCGGAGGGCCUGUUGUCUGGACCUAUGGCAGUCUCUAUGGGGGUGCCACAGGGUUCAAUUCUUGGGCCGACUCUUUUCUCUGUGUAGAUCAAUGAUGUCGCUCUUGCUGCUGGUGAUUCUCAGAUCCACCUCUACGCAGUCGACACCAUUUUGUAUACAUCUGGCCCUUCAUUGGACACUGUGUUAACAAACCUCCAAACGAGCUUCAAUGCCAUACAACACUCCUUCCGUAGCCUCCAACUGCUCUUAAACACAAGUAAAACAAAAUGCAUGCUCUUCAAUCAAACGCUGCUGGCACCCGCCCACCCGACUAGAAUCACUACUCUCGACGGGUCUGACCUAGAGUAUGUGGACAACUACAAAUACCUAGGUGUCUGGUUAGACUGUAAACUCUCCUUCCAGACUCACAUUAAGCAUCUCCAAUCCAAAGUUAAAUCUAGAAUCGGCUUCCUAUUUUGCAACAAAGCCUCCUUCACUCAUGCUGCCAAACAUGCCCUCGUAAAACUGACUAUCCUACCGAUUCUUGACUUCGGCGAUGUCAUUUACAAAAUAGCCUCCAACACUCUACUCAGCAAAUUGGAUGUAGUCUAUCACAGUGCCAUCCGUUUUGCCACCAAAGCCCCAUAUACUACCCACCACUGUGACCAGUACGCUCUUGUUGGCUGGUCCUCACUACAUAUUCAUCGCCAAACCCACUGGCUCCAGGCCAUCUAUAAAUCACUGCUAGGCAAAUCCCCGCCUUAUCUUAGCUCAUUGGUCAUCAUAGCAACACCCACCCGUAGUAUGCGCUCCAGCAGGUAUAUCUCACUGGUCAUCCCCAAAGCCAACACCUCCUUUGGCCGCCAUUCCUUCCAGUUCUCUGUUGCCAAUGACUGGAACGAACUGCAAAAAUCUCUGAAGCUGGAGACUCUUAUCUCCCUCACUAACUUUAAGCAUCAGUUGUCAGAGCACCUUACCGAUCACUGCACCUGUACACAGCCCAUCUGAAAUUAGCCCACCCAACUACCUCAUCCCCAUAUUGUUAUUUAUUUUGCUAAUUUGCACCCCAGUAUCUCUAUUUGCACAGCAUCUCUUGCACAUCUAUCAUUCCAGUGUUAAUACUAAUUGUAAUUAUUUUGCACUAUGGCCUAUUUAUUGCCUUACCUCCAUAACUUGCUACAUUUGCACACCCUGUAUAUAUAUUUUCUGUUGUAUUUUUUACUUUAUGUUUUGUUUUACCCCAUAUGUAACUCUGUGUUGUUGUUUUUAUCGCACUGCUUUGCUUUAUCUUGGCCAGGUCGCAGUUGUAAAUGGGAACUUGUUCUCAACUGGCUUACCUGGUUAAAUAAAGGUGAAAUAUAUAUAUUUUUUUUUAAACAUCCUAAGGAAAUUAGAGAUUGGCUGCCAGAUUGUUUGUGGUUACUACUUAUAGCUGAAAUUGGGCGUGAAGGACAAUGUGUUUGUUAUUUGAAGAGAUUAAUAUUAUUUUGUAACAUUUAAUCAAGACCUUCCUUUCCUCUGAGUCAUACAUACAGAGAAGGUUUCGGUUCUCACAAGUCAAAAGUAACAGCUGUUACAAGCAAAUAUGGUCUUUAUCAGUUAGUCAGUGAUUCCAAAGAGAGUGUAUGUAGCUAAGAAUGUUGUCUGAUCACUUGGUCAAGAACAACAUCACACUAAAGCUGUAACGCCCUGACGUAUGGAACUCUUGUAUGUUGAGUCAGGGUGUGGAAAUCUAUGUGAUGUAUUCUAUGUUUAGGAUCUAGGUAUUUUGUUUCUAUGUUUGGCUGGGUGUGAUUCCCAAUCAGAGACAGCUGUCGCUCGUUGUCUCUGAUUGGGGAUUAUACUUAAGUAGCCUGUUUGCCUACCUUUGUUGUGGGAUCUUGUUCCUGUGUUAGGCUUGUAUUGUGUAUAGCCUUGGGCUUCACGUUACGUUGUUUAUUGAAUAAUAAACAUGUUCGCAUACCACGCUGCAGCUUGGUCUGACCCGUCUCUGAACGUUCGUGACAAAAGCUCAUUGAAUAUUUCUCCAAAUAAGAGAUCAUGGGUUUGAGAAGCUUUACCAACUGUCCAGAAUGUGAUUGUGUGAAGACUCCAACAAAGUCAGCUUCAAGUCUCCACAUUAUAUAACCUUGAUUUUUUUAAACAGAACUCUUGUGUGUUGAAUCACAGGCGACUGCCUUUUGGAUCCACCGGAGAGCAUCUUACCGUUACCCGGUGAACUCCCAGGCACCACAUACAGUCUCGACCGCCAGUGCCAGCAGAUGUUUGGGGAGGAGUUUGUGCACUGCCCCAACACUUCUGACAGUGACAUCUGCAGCCAGCUGUGGUGCAGGGAGGAGGGCAAGCCCCACUGCACCACCAAUAACGGCAGCCUUCACUGGGCGGAUGGCACCAUGUGCGCCACCAACAGGAGCUGUCUGCACGGUGCAUGCAUGGCAGCCCACGAGGUCAUGCAGCCAAAGGUAAGCCCUAGUUUUUCUCAGAAAAGGGGAGGAUUUUGACACAAACUCUGUCUCAGAAUGCCCUGUUAGUUACUAUAUGUUUAUUCAUGUUUCUGUGAUAGAGUAUUUCCUUCCUGCAUUGUAAGGAAGAAUGUACUUUUGAAAGUACAAGCUCUUUAGCAUGUGUCAAUAAACUCGAUUUAUAAAUUGACAUGCUGGCAGUUAAUAUACUUUUUGCUCACCCACUAGUAAAAGCUUGUGAAAACACACCUACAUGCACACAGUUUACUUUAGUCUUGCCAAGUGCGCCAUGGGUUCCGCAAGUGGUGAUACAUAGGGCAGGAAUGUGGGAGACAGCAGAAGCGUGCCACAGAUUUACCCAAAUCAUGGCAUGCCAAGAGACGCCGAGGCCCCAGCCUAGACUGUGGGUGAGUUGGACGGCUCAUGUUAUCAUGGCACUCAAUACUCACUCUGUUUCGUUUUGGCUUUACCACAGGUGGUUGUGGAUGGCGGCUGGGGUGCGUGGGGACCAUCGCAACUGUGCUCCAGGACAUGUGGAGGGGGUGUGGAGUUCUCCUACAGGGAGUGCACAGAUCCCGUGCCCCAGAAUGGCGGAAAGUACUGCGAGGGCCAGAGAGUCCAGUACCAGUCCUGCAACACCCAGGCGUGUAAGAAUAAUGAUGGUAAGGAAUAUUUUGUCUAGGCACUUGCACUACAGAAUUUCGCUUUAUUUAUAUAGUGGUGAGCUAUAGUGGUGUUUUUAACCUAGAUUUUCAAUAAAUGUGUCUCCUUUGAUAUUAGUUUGAUGGAUAAUUUGUUUCCCUUUGUCAUUUUCUCCAACCUUAGGGAAGAGUUUUAGAGAGGAGCAGUGUGAGAAGUACAACAGCUUCAACUAUCUUGACAUUCUUGGGAACAUGAAGCAAUGGAUUCCAAAGUACGCUGGUGUGUCGCCCCGGGACAGGUGUAAACUCUUCUGCAGGGCCAAAGGCAGCAGUGAAUUCAAAGUCUUUGAAGCCAAGGUACAUUCACUAAAAAUCAUCUGUAGAAUGUUGGCCACUGUAAAUAAAUAGCUUGCCAUCACUGUUUGGUGAAUCACAGUGUUAAGUAAAUUGAGACCUCAAGUUUGCAUUUGUGCUCCAUAGGUUGUCGACGGCACCACAUGUGGUCCCGACACUACGUCUGUCUGUGUACAAGGCCAAUGUGUCAAGGCGGGCUGUGACCAAGAGAUCGGUUCAAACAAGAGGCUUGACAAGUGUGGCUUGUGUGGUGGGAAUGGCCUCAGUUGCAGGAAGAUCACUGGUUCAUACAACAAAGUCACGUGAGUAUACCUAAAUAUUCCAAUUCCAAUUAUGGUAACAGGCAUGUAUGACCCUAAUAUAAUGUCACAGCUAUUAUUGUCUUAUAAUGAUCCAGACUAAAUAACAGUCAAAUUUAGAAAGCAUUAUUGGUUGAUUGUCUUUUGUGCUGCUGAUGUGAUUACAGCUGUAAUGAGACAUUUGCUUUUUUCUUUCAGUUACGGAUAUAGCGACAUUGUGACCAUACCUGUUGGGGCUACCAAUAUUGACAUCAAACAGCGAAGCCAUAGAAACAUCAAACAUGAUGGAAACUACCUGGCGAUCAAGCGAGAGAGCGGUGGCUACAUACUGAAUGGUAACUUCUCUGUGUCCACUGUGGAACAGGAUAUCCCUGUUCUCGGGGCUGUGCUGAAGUACAGUGGCUCAUCCACCACCUUGGAGAGAAUCCAGAGCUUCAGACAACUGAGGGAGGCCGUCACCAUCCAGUUGCUGGCCACUGCUGGGGAGGCAUUUCCACCCAAGGUCAAAUACACAUUCUUUAUCCCCAAAGAUGUGUAUUUCACUAAAUCCAAAGAGAGAAAGGCUUCAUUGCAUAUGAUCCAGGCUUUCGGUGUGCCCCAGUGGCAUUUGGGCGAAUGGUCAGAGUGCUCCAAGAGCUGCAGCUCCGGGUGGUCCCGAAGGAACGUUGAAUGCAGAGACAACGCUGGUUUCCAUUCCAAUACCUGCGAUAAGGACCUGAAACCCACAGAUAUCAGACCCUGUGCUGAUCUGCCGUGCCCCAUCUGGCAAAUGGGGCCUUGGUCAUCCUGUUCACGAACUUGUGGCCAGGGGGAACGCAGACGCAGUGUUGUCUGUAUAGACUACACCGGCAAGACUGUAGAGUCGGAGAAGUGUGACGCUAACAAGCAACCUGCGCCAGUGUCGGGAGAGUGUGUUUACCAAGAGUGCUAG